UUCAGUAUUUUCAUUUUCCGUUAUUUCUGAUAACUUAUCAGUGAAGCAUAUUUGUCGAGCGAAUCACAUUUUUGUACCUGGAAUCAUGUCGCUCAGAGCAAUACUUUUGGUACCGCCACCGUUCUUAUCGCAUAUUUUACCACCUAUUCCUAUUCUACUAAGCGAUAGCGAUAAUCUGGAUCACCUUAGAAAUCGACGAAAUCGUAGAACCUCUGAAAGCUCUGAACCAUCAGCACCAGCGAAUUUAGAGAAGUAUUGUUCGAUUUGUGACACAUAUUACCCCAUGGACGAAAGCAAGGAAGCCCACGAGAAAAAGCGCAGCCACAAAAAGCGAGCCAAACAAUCAUUUGCCAUCCAUUUUGUCAAUGAGACUCACCAUGAAGCUGAAGAAAACUUAACACCCGUUGAACAGGAGUCAUUAGAAAAGGCCAUACACGAAGAACUGUCAAAGUUGGCGUUUAAUUUGUAUGAGCGAAAAGUGGUGCCGUACGAAAUCGGUCUGAAGCGACUUCAAAAAUUUAACAAACAAGUCGAAUCCAUCCUGGAAAGAAUGAAGUGUGAAAAAAACAGAACAAUAGCAAGUGAGAUUGUUGAUAGAAAAGAAGAAAACAUUAAACUUGAUAGUACCAAGAAAGUCCAACCUAUUACAGAAACAAUUUUUGAUAAAAAUGAAAUUUCUGUUAAAGCUAAUCAAAAACUACCAACAAAUAAUAUAAAGACAAAUAUAAAUGAAAGCACCAAUAAAAAUGAAAACGUUAAAGCUGAACAAAAACUACCAACAACAACUCUAACAAAUAAUAUAAACGGAAAAACAACUGAAAACAUCAAUAAACACGAAACUGGUAAUAUAAACACAAGUGAAACUACAAACGACUGGACGAAAGAAACUGAAAAAUUACUGGAAAAAGUCGUGAAAGAACAAAAACGCAAAGGCAAGACGAUCAAGGAGGUUAAAGUACUGCGGGAACUGGAAAGUUUAACAAAAUCUGUCUUAUCCAAGCAGAUACCUUUAAGGUAUACUUUGGAGUUCUUGCAAAAAUGCAGUACUGAAAUAAAACCUUUAUUAUAUCCAUAUUUAUAAGUUUUUAUUACAUUAAUAAGUUUUUUUAAUAUUCUCAGUAUUAUUUAGUUUUUAUUUUUUUGACAUUUAUUUGUUUUGUUAUCAUGUUCUUUUUGUUCCUAUUCUUAAUAUUAGAUCUGUGUUAUCCAACCAGAUACCUAUCAAGAAUACUUUGGGGUUCUUGCAAAAAUGCAGUACCGAAAUAAAAGCUUUAUUAUAUCCAUAUUUAUAAGUUUUUAUUAUUUUGAUAAGUGUUUUAAUAAUAUUCUCAGUAUUAUUCAGAUUUAAUUUUUUAUAUUGUUCUUCAGUUUAUUGACAUUUAUAUGUCCUAUAAUGUUUUGUUAAUGCUAUUGUUAUGUUCUUUUUAUUCAUUAAACUUUAUGUUCCUAUUCUUAAUAUUAGAAUAUUGUAUUGUUGGACGCUGUAGUUGUAGCGUUAUUUAGUUUAUACGUUUAUAUGUUCUUUAUGUAUCGUUGU